AUGUCCUUCGGCGCCGCAGAGGUCGAGGCUUUCGUGCGGGACCUCCCGCAGGGCGCCCUGUGCGGCGCGGAGGUUGCUGCCCAGAUCAAGUGGUGCGAGUUCUUGCUCAGUGUGGACGAGUCGCCUAAGGCUCACCACGACCUCUUCUGGUACCUCUCCGUCGGGAAACUGCUGGCGGAGAAGCUUGGCACGCUUUCGCAGCUCGACAUUGGCGAUUCGUGCAUGCGCGAGAUCAUCGGGAACACUGUCAGGCACGGCGAGAAACCUUACACUUCAGAGGUGGAGACCUCCGUCUUCCAGGCGUGGGUUGUCCAGCCGACGCAGGUCGCCUUUGCCUACAGGGUCCAGCGCAAGUGCGCCACUGUCGUGCCUCAAGCUCCGACGCCUGAAAGCACCCUGGCGGGCACGAUGAAUGCUUACCUUGAGGCGCGGGCGGCGAACAAGCGCUCCGUGAAGGCGCUGUGCAGCCAGGCUCACCGAGCUGGGGAUGGACAGGAGAACUUGGCUGUCUUUGAGGCGGCAGGGCGCAUCGCCAGAGAGAAAGGGCGUCUGUAUGUAGGCAGUGCUGACGGCGAAGAUCUUCAGAACAACUUCCGCCCAGCGUGGUCGAGGAUUCCUCGCAUCGACGUGCCCCGGCAAAUGGCCGAGCUGAAGCGGGUCAGGGCUACCUCGGAGCUGGACUACCCUGGGUACGCCACUUUCCACGCCCACAUCAUGGACUGGGGCCUGAAGCUCAUUCUGAUGAAGACCGCUACCCCCCUCGAGAUUCUCGGCUACUCGAUGCUGCUCAGCAAGAUCGCUGAGGAGGAGGGCGGCGUGCGCACGGCGUACCAAUAUGAUGUCAUGGCUCGCCUGGCGAUGGCGAAGGCCCUGGAGCGCGGCGACCCCGAUUGGAACCUGCAACUCACGAAAGCGGAAGCCGAUCUCGCCAAGCAGGCGAAGAGGAAGGUGGAAGCCAGGGCGGCCGAAGCAGCCAGGGCGCUGGCAGGUAAGGGCGCGGGCAAGGGCAAGCACGGCAAGGGCGACGCCUUUAGCGCGAAGGGCAGCGAGCGCAGCUCGGGCAGCGCUGCAGCGAGGCCGCCGCCACGGUCGCUCUCGCCAGCGGUGCCGCCGCGGUCCCGCAGCCCCUUGCGCAACCAGGACGGCUGGCAUCACAGCAACGACCAGGGCAGCUGGAAGCAGAAAGGCUGGCAGCAGCGCAGGAAGUGA